UUCACUUCUCCUCCACCCCUUUUUCUCUCAUAUUAGUCCUCCCUCGCCCUCCUGGUCUCCCUCUCCCCUUCCUCAAUGAUCCCCUCCUCUUCUCCUACUCCUCCAUCCUUCUGUCCAUCUCCUUCAAUUCCACUUCAACAACGUCCUCCUUCUAUUCUCUCCUUCUCUCCAUCUUCCAGUUCUCUUCUCCUCCACCCCUUUUUCUCUCAUAUUAGUCCUCCCUCGUCCUCCUGGUCUCCCUCUCCCCCUCCUCACUGAUCCCCUCCUCUUCUCCUACUCCUCCAUCCUCCCCAUCCUUCUGUCCAUCUCCUUCCCUCUCGACAUUCACUGCGCCUCCGCUCAUCGCUGCCUCCACCGCGCAUGCGCCCCGCAUCCAGGCAAGCAGCGUCCGUACGAAGGAGCGAAAGUGAAGAUGGCGCUGGACAAUCUUCUGUUCGCGCAGUGCGUCCUCUACUUCCUCUCCUUCGUGUUCGGCUUCAUCGCCGUGGUGCCUCUGUCCGAGAACACGGAGGACUUCCGCGGCAAGUGCCUCCUCUUCACGCGAGGCAUGUGGCAGAAUGAGAACAUCACGGUGUCCAAGCAGCGCUUCGUGGUGGAGGAGUGGGGCCCCGAGUCCUGCUGCAGCUUCGUCACCUUCGUGGGCAUCUCGUCGCUCAUCCUGUCCGCAGUGCAGGCCUGGAGGCUGCUCUUCUUCCUGUGCAAGGGCCACGACGACUCGGUGUUUAAUGCCUUCCUGAACCUGGUGAUCAGCUCUCUGGUGGUCUUCACCGUCUUCCUGUCCAGCACCAUGGUCAGCGUGGGCUUCAACCUCUGGUGCGACUCCAUCACGGAGGGCGGCAGCAUGCCCAGCAGCUGUGAGGACCUGCAGGAUACUGAUCUGGAACUAGGGUUGAACAACUCAGCCUUCUAUGACCAGUUCGCCAUCGCUCAGUUCGGUCUGUGGGCCGCCUGGCUCACUUGGCUCGGCAUCGCCGUCCUGGCCUUCCUGAAGGUCUACCAUAACUACAGACAGGAAGACCUGCUGGACAGCCUGAUCCACGAGAAGGACCUGCUACUGGGACGGUCUUCACGCCGCGACUCGGACCUGAAGCCCGGACUCAUCUAGAGGCCGACACGACUCUCCGCCUCACAGUUUCCCACUGCAUUGAGAAACACCAAUACUUGCCUCUGUAGACAAUCAGUCGCUCCCAUUGAUCAUAGAAGGUGCAUCUUCGGAGGAGUGUUCCGAAAAACAGCUGCUAAUCUUUAAUACUGGGUCUCCCACUGUGUGUAUCUCUCCUCAAUUAUGACCAGAGAGAGUGAAGCGGAUGAUGCUGACGUACAGGAGGAUUGCACUUGAAGCUAGCAGAUUCACAUCUGCAUCGCUUAGACACAGGAGACUGAUGGGUCUUUUGUAAAUUGUGACACACAGAAAACAGCUAUAAAUAGCUAGUGCUACUAAUUCAACUCAGCCAAACCUCUGUAAUUUGUGCAAAAUAUAUUAGCUGAUUUCUAUUUUGUUGCAGGAAAAUUUUAUGGAAAACAAUGAUCCUGUUUCUGGCAGUGUUGCGUUUCCAUUUGUAAAAGGAUCAGUGUGCCAAAUUUGGACUGAGAGAAGAGCCCUUCCCUUUUAAUAACUAAGAGUGAUGGUGAGAUGACAGCGCAGGUCAGGAGGCUCAGUAUUAAUUCUUUCAUAUUCCAAAGUUAAACAUCAGUGAAGGUGAGUUAUCGCAAAAUUGACUCCAACUAAAAUAGAGUCGUUUUUGUGGAGCUCUUUUGUACGUCAGCUCUUCCCAGUUGUGGUCAACUACGCUGACACACAUCGUCUUUGUGAAUCUUCUGCAUGGGACUCGCAUGAAUAAUAAAUAGGUUUAAUUUUA